AUGUCGGAGGCUCCCUCGGAUCAUGUACUGAAGGUGGAAGAGGCAGAACUGGCUGGCCCAGCGGCAGGGAGAGGCUCCCAGGACACCCAAGCUGCAGGCAGCAAAGGAUGCUGGGGAAACGCCCGGCAAAAGGUCCUGGGCGGGGAGGACCCACUCGGCUCGGAUGCUCGGCGCCAACGUUUCAGGCACUUUCGCUACCAGGAGGCCGAGGAACCCAGAAAGGUUUGCAGCCGACUCCACCAUCUCUGCCGUCAGUGGCUGAAGCCGGAGCGAUACACGAAAGCUCAGAUGCUGGACCUGGUGAUCCUGGAGCAAUUCCUGGCUGUCCUCCCCCCGGAGAUGGAGAGCUGGGUCAGGGAAUGUGGAGCGGACACCAGUUCCCAGGCGGUGGCCCUGGCCGAAGGUUUCCUCCUGAGCCGGGCAGAGGACCAGAAUCUGGGCCUGUUUGAAACAGUGGCCGCUGAUGUUCCUGAGGCAAAGGAGGCUCCACUGAUGCUGGAAAGAUCAUCUCUUUGUGCUGGAGCUACUUCUCAGCAUACAGAUCAAGGUCUGGUGACGCUCGAGGAGGUGGCUGUGCAUUUCACUGAGGAGGAAUGGGACCUGCUGGAUCUGAGCCAAAGAACCCUACACAAGGAAGUCAUGGAGGAGAAUGGUGGCAUUGUGGCCUUUUUGGGUAAGGCCCCUCGCCCCCUGCACUUGCCCUUGGUUUGGGGAUGAGAAGACCCUAGUGAAGCUUUUCCUUUUAAUAGAU